AUGGCCAACGAAGUGUUCAGCGUCCAGUCCGCUACAGGCUCAUCCCAUAUUUGCUUGGCGUUCGAGCCCAUGAGAGAUCCUCUGUGGCUACUACGCAACCGAGUCUGCGAUGAGCGAGUGACUCGAGAUUGGCUGCCGAUCUUCAAAAUCUAUAUCCAAAUCCUGAUUGAGGGUCUCGACUACUUGCAUUCAGAGUGCAAGCUCGUUCAUACAGGUAUCUCGUUUUUCUCAGUUGCCCAUUUCGUCCCUACUAGUGUAAAGCUAAAAUUCGCAGAUCUUAAACUCGAUAAUAUCUUGAUGACUUUCGAGAAUCAGUCAGUUCUCGAGGCUUUCGUACAAGCAGAGAAGUCACACCCCAUGGCCCAAAAGGUCGUUGAUGGACGCAUCAUCUACCGCUGCCACAACAACUUCGGCGACAUAAUUGACCAGUCCUCCGUGAAGAAGAUGUAUCCCAAGAUUACUGACUUUGGUCUCGCGCAACCUGCGGAUCGGUCUAACCACCCCAUACAGCCUGACCAUUGCCACGCGCCAGAAGUCCUGCUAGGAACCUCGUGGUCCUACCCUGCCGAUAUCUGGAACUUCGGCAUUAUGGUGUGGGACCUGCUCGCCGGUCGCAAGCUAUUCCAAGGUGACGUGAGCAGCACGAAGCCAUAUAGCCCUGCACAACAUUUGGCCGAAAUGAUUGCGAUUCUCGGUCCGGUUCCGGACGCACUGGUCCGGCGGGAGCAACAGAUGCGGUGUUGGCAGUGGAGUCCCCCAAUCCACAACGCCCAAGGCAAGCUGUGCAGCAAUGCGUCCGAGUACUUCGGCGGGCCUUUCUUCGCUGAGAGUGGCAAGUUUGUGCGAGAGGAAUUAAUCCCCUACUCGCGAACCCUGGCGGACGAGGUGCCAGAGUGCAUUCCCGAGCAAGACCGGGACAAUUUUCUCGCGUUCAUGAGGAGGAUGCUCUGUUGGCUUCCGGAGGAGCGGUUGACAGCUAAGGAGCUCAAAGACGACCCAUGGUUUGCUGUCAGGCUCUAA